AUGGACGUCUCGGAGCUUGUGUCCCAGAUGCAGGACACGUUAGCGACGAUACACAGCACCCUCCAAUCUCUCGACCCCAAAGUUCACGAUGCGAAGCUAGACGAUCUUGAGAAAAGGCGCGAUGACGCUAUCCGGGCCUUAACCGCCGCAUUCUCGGCCGAGGCGGAAUCAUUGGACCAGAAGCGGAAAGCCGAACGGGAAGAAAUCGGGGAACGACGAAGAAAGGAGGAUGAGGAGCGAGAUCGGCGGCGCCGUGAAGAGGACAACGAGCUUGCAGCGAAAGACCGCGAGGAAGACCAAGCCCGAGACCGGAAGCUGAAGGAAGAUAGCAAGGAUGUCGAGCAAGAGACGGACGAGCUGAUGAGCCGGGUGGAAGAAGAGGCUCACAUGGCCACUACAGAGGGACGGGAAAAGCUACAGGCAUUACAGGAGAGGCGACGGGAACUCAACCGUCUCAUCGAGGAUCAACUCGAGAUGACUCUCCCCACGCUCCCUGUUGUCCCAAUCAGGAGGAGGCCCACGAGGGCUAGCACUUCCCCUUCUUCCCUGACCGACCGAAAAGUGCCCGAAACUUCAAGGACUGUGGGCGCCCCUGCCCACCCUGGGCCGGAUCAGCAAGAAACAUACAAAGCGGAUGAAGUGCCGCAGGAGGUACCGAAUGCAGACUCAUCGAUAAACAACGUGAGUAAGUCCAGUCUAUUGCUGCCAGGCAACAUGGACAAUGGCGAUGAAGAUUCAACGGAACACGUCAAUUACGCACCACUCCAAGAAGAAACAAAGAGUCAAACUGAGCCUCCCGGACCAGCCGACUGGCCCCUUACCCAAGAGGAUGCGGCAACAAAUACUGCCCAUCAUCACCAAGAAGCGUCCCAGGAGCCCACGGCGGCGUCCGAGACUAAUAGCCCAAGCAAUGACGUUACCGCAGAAUCACACGAGGUUGGUGCCAUUCCUAGCACCAUGAACCAUGGAGUUGAUAUCUCUAGUAUGGAAGAGGACGAAGCACCACAAGAGCAGGUUUCCAGCAAUCGGAGCAGCACAGAGGCUCUACCUUCAACGGGGAUAGAAAGCGCCGAACCAUUGGACGAGGAUACCGCACUACUGAAUGAAGAAGAGUACCAAGCCAACCACGAUAACCCCCCGGCAGCUCAUCUCAGCGAACCGGAUGCCACUAGCCAAACCAGUUUCGCUGCCGCUGAGGUCCUGCCGGAACCCAAGCAUCAAUUCCCAGGACACCAUCCAGAGCUUUCCAUGCUGUCCACUGAAGCUGAAUUAGCCCAUUUUUAUUACCAUGAUCUUUCCGAUGUCGAGGAAGUGUCCCCCGCAUCUUCACCGCGAGAGAAAGAGCCAGAUGAGGAUGCAUACCUGCACGUUUCGGAAGCAUCAGGGAAUCCACCCUUCUCAGCCCACGCCGACACAAGCGGGUACCUGUCUGAGAAUGCCGACGCGUCGAACCCCAACUUCGGCCAUCGGGGAGAAAGCUACAUCGAAGAAGACGAGGUUCACCACUUGGAACGUGUCCACUCAACCAUACCACAAGACGUGCGGACGGAGCCCGGGGCAUUUGUCCACACAGCCGAGGGCCAGGGGCAAGGGGAUACAGCAACCGAUGCAGACUUUGAGGAAAGUCUCCCUCGUCUUCACCCAUUGUCAACGACCGAAAUGACGCUAGAACCUCUAAAUAUGAUGAUUCAGGAUAUGGACGAGAACGAAGGAACCAGCGAGCAGGAGAAGGCCCAUACGUCAGAGCCAGGAGCAGAGAAAUCUGUCGUCUUUGAGCAAGAAACGGUGGUAGACACCGCUAGCCCCGAGAGCGAACCGGCCAGGGAGCACUACGAAGCGGUAGAGCCCGAAAUUGGUGGCUAUGACGCUCUAGGUCUUCAGCAAACCGGCGUCGUUGAGACCGGGCCUGAAAUUCCCGAUCCUUCCGGAGGUGGUACAUCAGCUCCUAUCGACCACGUGCCUUCACCGGAGCCCGAUGAUCACGAUUAUGACCAUGACCACGAGGAGGCCGAGAUGCAUGAAGAAACCACGGGCACAGGAGGAGAGUCACCCGUUGACUAUAUGUACAGAGGGUACAGGCGCUCUUCACCAGAACUGCACGACAUCAAGCCCCAAAUAGACCCCGGCGAACGGGAUGCCGAGUCAGGAGAGGAUGAGCCACACCAAUCCCCCGGUCAUCGUGGGCAUGAAGACGACGAUACGGACACGGAAUCCCAACGAUUCGUUACGCCACUGCCGUCCCAAAACUCGUUGAGAGCGUUUUACCAAGAAGAGAACACACCGCAUAAUGUUGAUACCGACGAUUACAUUGGGAGACAGUAUUACGAGGAAGACCCUCGGCAGUACGAAUCAGCGCAUCAGCAUAGUACCACCGUCCACGGCGAGGACCACUUAUUCGAUGACACUGACCAGAGUGAAGAUCAUGGCCUGCCAGAGGACGACGAGGUCGAGAGCGUCGCCACCAGUCAACCAGGGUCUCCGGCGUUACUGGAACAAUCGGGGCAAGCCGAGGAGACGGAUACCAACCGCGAAAUUGAGCCGCAAAGGAUACCCGAAGUCACUGUCAAGAGUCCAACUUCCCCUAGGAAUCCCGCCCGAACAAGCUGGAUGGAGGAGGUCGACGAUUACUUUGAGGAAGAGGAGUCAGGAUCACCACCGGAGACACCGCCACCAAGUGCCCGUGGUGUGGUCAAGGACGAAGCCACCAGUAACACCGCCCAAGGCGAUCUACCACAUGAAUUGCCCGUCUCAACCGGGAGUGGUCUCUCUGCCAGUCUACAUAAUACCGAGCGGCCACACACCCCUACUACGCACGAGUCCCUACCUUCAUCAGAGGACGCGACGCCCGAACCAUCAGCAGCUCUCAAUGUCACAAAUACGCCAUGGCGCGCGGAUGAUGCACCACCAGCGAAGGCGGCGCCACCACCAACACAACCAGCGGCAGCCUCUUCAAACGCAUGCGCAGCAUCUUCGAACCAGGGCGUUCCGGCACCCACCCCAACAACCCGAACCCAAACCCAACCAGCCCAACCCACCGCCACCACCACAGCCCCCACCACCAACAGCACGACUCCUACCCCGGCCCCAACACCAACCCCAACCCCACCACCAGCCCCUACACCCCCCAGCAGCACCACCAAGGCGCCGGCGCCGGCGCCCCCUUUUCAACGACACGUACACGCUUCUCGCCGCUCCCUAGCCCGACGCGCCCUACUGCUCGGCUGCCGGACCCGGGGCGGAAUUGACCACGCUCGGGCGUGGCGGGGGUCGGUUGGGGAGGGGUGCGGCGCGGCGGGUUUGUGGAAGGGUGAGGAAGAGGAAGAGGAGGAGGAAGGGGAUGAGGAGGAGGGGGAGGAGGUUGUUAUUGCUCUUGGCUUGACGCCGACCCCGACCCAGGAGAGGCAAGCCGGGCUGGUGUCGACCGGUGUUGCUGCUACUACUACUGCUAGGGUUACCGGUGGAAAUUACGGGCUCGGGGUUACGGUGCUGGAGAAUAACUUUGAUCGGCUCGGUGUUCACUCGAUCACGGCCCAGGUUUCUGUGGAUGAGACUGGUUUGGAGGAGGAGGAGGAGGAGGCGGUAGAAAGGGGGAAGGGUGAUAUGAUGGAGGGCGCGAGGAGGUUGAGAGCUGGACCCGACAUUAGCUCGAGGUGGAGGGGAAGUGAUACGGGUGUGAGGCAACGGCCGAGGUAUACCGAGGCUGUUGGCGAGGCGAGGUUGGCGUGGAUGUGGGUCGAGGGCUGGCGGGCAAGGUUGCGGAAGGGAGGUGACGUGGUUGAGAAGGCCAGGUGGGAAUGGCGACUGGACUCCCCUGAGGAGGUGUCGGUGUCAGAAUCAGUGCCUAUUGUUAUGGUUGGGGAGCCGGAAAUCGUCGGUGGUGACCAGGGAUAG